CGCCCUGCAAGGGGGGAUGGAUGUCUGUUAAUCAUUUCACUCUUGUGGCAAAAAAUAAAACACAGCACAACAAUAGAGGCAGGGUAAGUCUAACCACAACUGCUCAUCUUGUCGUAACCGUCUGUCAACAAAUGCAAGGGUAGUGACUAGAGGUCACUGCAUUCCAGCGAGGUGACCUUGGUCGAGGAGAAAAGCGGAGUCACUCAAGACUUUUACUUUGUUACCCCAGAGAGGAGCGCUAAACAGCUCGUUGGAAGGAAGGUGUGAAUCACCAAAUAGCUUCCAGGAACAUGGAGGGUGUUCAAACGAACAGGGGAGCAAAGAUCACAAGCAUCGACCCAGAGAGAGAGCGAGAGAGAGAGACCACCAACUUUUCCUCACUAUGAGCUGGAACUAAAAGACAGAGCUUCAGUUUGAGUCUCCAGGUGUGAAGAGCAACCAUGGACGUGAAGAGGAAGGAGAUGGAUCUCCUGAGCAACAGCAUCGCCGCUUUCGCUCACAUUAAAGCAAACCCAGAGAGCUUCGGUCUUUACUUUGUGAUCGGGGUGUGCUUUGGGCUGGUGCUGACGCUCUGUCUCCUGGUGAUCCGGAUCUCCUGCAAGCCUCGGAUCGCCGUCCCGCCCGCAGCCCUCGAGAGCAAACGGCUGAAGGACGCCAGCCGCGAAGACGAGGACGACAGCGACGACGACGACGACGACGACGACGACGACGAAGACGAGGUCAUCGUGGCGAUGACCCCUCCCCCCAUGACUACCCCCACCACCACCACCAGCACUGAGGUUACCGUCGGCAACCACCACCACAGCCAACUGGACGGCGCACCGAAUGUUUUCACGUCGGCCGAGGAGCUGGAGCGAGCCCAGCGAUUGGAGGAGAGGGAGCGAAUCAUCCGGGAGAUCUGGAGGAACGGCCAACCGGAUAUUCUGGGGACAGGAGCAGGAACUAUUGGACGCGUGCACUACUACUAAAUACACUGUUACCGGUGCUACAGGUCUGAGAGAGGGCCAUGAAGACUAGAAGACCCCUGUCCUGACCCGCAAGACACACACUACCACAGCACAAUGAGCGUGCACGUGAGAAAAUGCACGUGAGUCCAUGUUGGGCUCUCUCCUGGUUCUGAUCCGCAGACAUUUUGAACCCUUUGUAAAGAAGUGAAGUGAGCUCGGUCAACAUAAAAUCCAACUCCUUUGUAGUAACUCUGGGAUCCACUUGAUAAAGCCGUGGUCUUUAACUGACACGUGACAAACGGUGUAAUGUUGCCCUUCAAGUGUACGGAGGCCAUCUUGAGGCCUUCUUCCCAAGACACAUUCCCGCCAUAACGGCAGAGUUGCAAUAUGAACCAAACCAUUGUUUUAAUAAUCAUCUGAUGCAUUAACGUCGCCUGGAGCUAAAUGGGACCAAGCACAAAGUUCUUAAAGUUGAUGUAUUCAAAAAUGAUAAUUCAUAAUGACCCACAGAUGACAUAAGGAUGAAGUAUUUUACAAAACAAAUAUAUUUUUUAAAGAUUAUCGUUGAAAUAUUUAAAAUGAGGAAUUUCAAAGUGUCAGUAUAAAUUGUAUUUGAAUUGGACUGAAACUAAACUCAAGAGAGGAAAAGAGAGAAUUAAAGUAUUAGACAGAGAAUAGUAUUCUUUAUGCCGAACCUCAGACUAUUUCAACAGUAUUUUAGAGGACACCAGAGAGAGGCUUGAGGAAGAACCCUCAGCUUAUAUUUUCUUCUCAUGGCUCCCAUGAGUGCUUUAAAUCGUUGAGCAGAUACAGGUUUCUAGAAACAGCCAUUAACUAGUGAAAAUUGUUAAAUGUUGGCGUUGCAACAGCCUUAAGGAACCCUAAAGACAGAGGAUAUAAAUGGUGAUGUCUGAUGAUCGGUAUGAAAGUCAUAUCCUGUCCCGGCCUGAGGAGAGCUAUCGGUUACAGUACUUUGUGCACAGAUAUAGACUUUCUUGAUGAAACACACGUUUUGCAUUCCAUUUGAUUACAUGUCGCUCAGUGCUUUUGGCCGCUGUCCUUCAACUAAGGAAGGGGAGAAAAAAAUAAAUGUAUGACUUGUGUCCACAGGUUCUGA